AUGUCGGCCUAUCUAAACUCAUCAACCGACGCACCCAACUUAUUGGUGGAGCUGUACCAAACCACCCCAACAUCUAUGAUUCUUGUUCUUGAUUUGCCGCCAAGAAAAGACAUCCUGUUGAACCCCGACUAUCUCAAAACGUUCUAUGAGGACACAAAACUGGACCGACAUAGGCAACAUUUCCAGAAGCUCGCAGGAGUGACACCUUAUGUCUCAUCGUCUCUUUACAUCCGCUCUAUUUUCUCUCCCACUGCAGUUUUGGCGUGCAUUGAGUCCGAUCGGGUUGAAGAAAUGGUUAGAACUCAUGUUAGCCCGAUUGCCAAGGAAAUGUUGAAAACUUGGUUGGAUUUUGGCCCAUUUGGGGAGAGAGUGGUGUGUGAAAGUGAGAGAGCUCAUUUGAAAAUGAGGGAUGGAGUGAGUAAAAAAAAGACCAUUGAAUUUGAACUGGGUUCGAGUCUGCCGAGGAUGUUUGGGCCAGAUACUGCUAACCGGGUACUUGAAGCGCUACGAGAGGUUUUCUAA